GUUUCUCACUCACAAAAAGCAAAGCACACUGCAAGGAAGCUGGGUCGUAAGAAAAGGACGGCCAUGCAAAAUGCCAGCAACUCCAUCAUUCAGCCUGCAGGAUUUUACAUUGUUGCCUUGAGUUCAAUGUCUUACAGUAAUAUCUAUGUCAUGUUCCUCACUGUGGUUUACGUGAUCACAGUCACAUGCAAUGUAUUUCUGAUCACCAUCAUUUUCUAUGACCACCGUCUGCAUGUCCCAAAGUUCAUGGCCGUUGGUAAUCUGGCUUUGGUUGAUCUUAUUCUCAGCACCUCUCUUGUGCCUGGCAUGAUUAAGACUUACAUUCUUCUAGACAAUUUUGUGCCAUUUAAACUGUGCCUUCUGCAAAUGUACACUUACUAUACUUUCUUAUCUCUUGAACCAUUUUCCUUAUGUAUUCUUUCUUAUGACAGGUUCAUCGCGAUCUGUUUCCCUUUAAGACAGGAAUCUAUAAACACAAACUCCAGAAUGGCUUAUUUAAUCAGUGCAGUUUGGUUCUUUUCUAUUGUUAUAAUUCUCUAUGCUGUUACAUCCAUCCCAACCCUGUCCUUUUGUGGCUCUCUUGAGGUCCACAGCUAUUUUUGUGAUUACGCUCCUGUUUUAGUUCUUGCUUGUGGUGACACGACACCUCAAUGGAACUAUGCCACUGCUUUAACUAUGCUCUUCAUUACUGUACCUUUGGUUUUUAUUUUCUUGACCUACAUCGGUAUACUGACUGCUGUAUUCAGAAUGAAAAACCAUCAGAGCCGUUAUAAGGCGCUGGCCACGUGCACAGAGCACCUUAUAUUAGUGGCUCUUUUCUUCAUUCCUAUUGUAAUCAUCUUCAGUUUUACAUUUUUUGGAAUUAUUUGGAACCCCAAUGUAGGUCUGGUGAGCUUGUGUUUGUCAUCCCUCCUCACACCGUGCGUGAAUCCCAUCCUCUACUCACUGAAAACUAAAGAGAUUCGAAGCAGGAUUCAUUCUUUGUUGACCCAGAGACUGUCUGUUCAUCCUCUAAGAAAUGUACUUUAA